CGUGACAUCAGAAUCUCAUCUCGCGAGACUGUGACGCUUCUGGCUUAGCGUCCGAUAGGAGUCAAGGAGCGGGACAUAUAAACAGCCAUACGGAAGUGCGGACUGCUUUGUGAAAAGCGGGGUUUUGCUGGGCCACUUGGAAGGUAUUCAGCAAUAACAUAAAAGAGUAGCGUGGCUUUUAGCAGAGAAGAAGAAGAAGAGAAUGAUGAAUGAGGCACUGUCUGUUACCUGGCCCUGGGGAUUCAAGUGAACAUGCUUCGUCUGGCUUUUCCAUGAAGGGGAAUACUUUCCCCUACGUCCCACCUGUUAGCAACUUCAUACUUCUUCAAACAUGCAGGCGAUCGUUAUGCUCCUCAAUGGGCUUGGUUGGACCCUGGACAUGUUGCUUCUGUUGCUGGACUUAAAUUACUUUCUGGUUUCCUCUGUUGUAUCAGUGUUGUUUUUGACCAUUCGCUUCAUCUUCAAUCUUCCUUGGACCAUCACCAAUGGCAUUCUUCAGUUGUGCGAAUCUUUAUAUGGAUUUGUGUUUAUGGUUGGUGAUUCCUCCUGCAGCCUUGUACAGACAGUACUGGAUGUUUUGUGGGGAUGCCUUGCUGGUUUAGACAGUUUGAAGUUAAUAUGGAACUUGCUGUGCCAUCUACUAUUCCGCAGCAGAGAGCUGUUUCAUCGAGGGCUGCUGAACAUCACUGUCUAUGUACAGACUUUUCACCAUAAUUUUUGGGAAGCGUUAAGCAUCACUGGAAGUUUGGCAGCUUACUUGGUUAAUAGCCUAGUAAACAUAUGUCUUAUAGCCAUCCAAAAUGUUUUAUCUGCUGCAAUGGCUCUCUGGCUUUCCAUGGUCAAUGUGAUCUUCAUGGGAGCAGAGCUUGUAAUCAUGUUGUUGUCUCAGUUUUCCAACAGUGCUGUGGCAGUGUCAAUUCUCUUGUGGACUCCUUGUCAGCUGAUUUUAGAUGGCUUUGCCUCACUUAGUAGAGGAGUAGGAAUAAUAUUAUAUAAACACCUAUAUGCGAUUCUUUUCUUUCUGCUUCUCACCAUUAUUUGCAGAAUUAUUUUUAGACCUUCCCCUGCUGUCCGCCAGUUUCAGUUAAAAGUAAUUCAGAUGUACCGCAUUGCACUUGUGCUUGCCUGUUCACUUCUGCAUUGUGAGUUUUUGAGAAGAGUCAUUGCAAAAAGUGUGCAGAUAAUAAGAAUGUUUAGAAUAUAUGGAACAGCUCUGGUCAGAGGAUGGAAUUUGAGAAGAACUAGAAUACAAAAUCCACCUGUUAGGCCUGCCACUGUGCAGAAUCCAAUACGAAUAAGGGAGCCAAACCCAGUUCCCGCGAGGGAGCAGAAUCCACCAUUGAGACCUAGUCAGAGCUCGGUUCCUAACAGUGCACAGAACACGCAACCUGCAACCCACAUUCCUCAAGCCAGUUCAGCAUAUAAAAAAAGAGGGGAGCCCUCCCAAGAUCCAUGGAAACUUCUAAAGCAGCAGGAAGAGAGCAAGAAAUGUGUUAUUUGCCAAGAUGAGAACAAAACUGUACUACUUUUGCCUUGCCGCCAUUUAUGCCUCUGUGCCGCCUGCACACAGAUUCUUCUGCAACAGCCUGUCCAUCAGCGCAACUGCCCUCUGUGUAGGCAGAUGAUUCUGCAAACCCUAAAUGUCUACAUUUAACAAACCAGCAGUGAUUUAUUACUAUGGUGGACACUGACUAUGAUAAUACUGAAAGUCCAAAAACUGACCUAAAUGAUUGAAAUAGGUUGAACAAAUGUGAAAUAUAUAAUCUUCUGAAAUGUUUACCAGGAUGCCUUCUCUUAAGCCACUGCAGGACAUCUGUUAUGGCAAUUCCAAAGAUGCACAAGUGCAUGAUCUUCCCUACUUUCACUGUGCCUGCUGAGAUUUUAAAUAUAUCAUUGUUCUAUAAGUUUUAUUUUUUUUUCUUUGCACAAACGUGGCAUAAAAUGUCGGUAAACAUUUCUGAAUGUAGGAUGUGGCAGUGCACAACAUUGUGUCUCUGACUUUUCUGAUUACCUCAGUGUAUUAAGUGUUGUAUGCUCAUUCACUGUUUGAAAGAAAAGUUUUAAAAUGUUUUUUUUAAAUGAU